CCUGCCAUUCACCAUCUUACGAACGGCCUGCUUUCCGUUUUCCGGAAUCCUCUGCAUCCAUCUGCUGUAAAAUCAACUCACCAGCCAGCUCGCAUACGAAGCUCAUUCAACUCGGAACAUGACGGAGGAUGUCCGGCCUGCCAAACGGUUCAAGCACCAGUCGCAUAAGGAUACUUUGAAGGAAGUGCACCUUCCUUCUGCACUAGUGCAAAGCAAGUUCGAGCAUGACAUCGCCGAUACUGACUCGCACUUUUACGAAGCCUUGAACCAUUGGCGCGAGCUCAACUUAUCACCCUCUUUCGUCAAGUUUGCACAUGCGUCAGAUGGCCUGUCGGCAUCUAUGCCUCUGCUUUUGCACAACUGGCAGGCGGUGGUGGAUCUCUGGCUAGAUGCGCUAGUCUCGGCGGAUGACGAGGGAUUGAAGGCUCUGCUAGAUCUGUUCCAGAGGCUUGCACACGAUCUCCGGACAACUCUCGCUCCUAGCUACCCGCAAGUCCUCCGCCGCCUCACCCAUCUCCUUCCCCGCUCUCUCUCUGCGCCCGCAUUGACAGCACUUUUAGCGACCUUCUCCUCCCUCUUCCGCUACGUCCUCGUCCCAGCAAUCGAUGCUGAGUUGCUCGAACAAGCGUGGGGGAUUUUCCGCGACACACUCACCCGCUGCAACCCCGAGGUCCAGAGGGCGACGGCGGAAGUGUGGGGCGCGACGCUCAGACGGUUGAAGGUGGCUGACCGGGAGUUGUGUGUGCGCCUGAUCGCUGGUUGCGCGGGAAGCGGGCUGGCCGAUACGUGCGCGUGGGUGUUUGUCUCUGCGUGCAAGAGCGUCUCGCAAACACUGCACACCGCGACGACCUCCGUCAUCCGGCCUCUCAUCGACUACUACCUCGGGGCAGAAGACGAGGAAGCAUCAUAUACACUUGUCCGCCGGGUGCUCACAGCUUUGAUUCACCACUGCAAAGACAAGGAACAGUUCUCCGGGAUCGCCGAUGUACUGGUCGCGAAGUUCGAAGAAUGCGUGCAGGAGCCCGGCGAGGAGGAGCGCCUCCGCCGCAUGCUCGAAGUUGCCUUCGUCGCGUGUUCCGUCAGACAAGGCUCGCGCAUGAGUCCAAAACACCUUUCAACGUUGCUCUCGCACUUCACCGCCCUGCCGCUCACGUCCAUUCUGCAUCCCUCACUCCUGAAGUUUGCACUCUCCACGCUCACCGCAGGCGACAUGGCGCUCUGGACGGGGCCCGGGCGCGCCGUGCUCGCGCGCACGUUCGAGCAGCGCCCCGCGCUCGCGCUCGAGCUCUGCGGCGCGCUCGCGGAGCUCGGCUGGGGUGGCUGGAAGCUCCUCGCUUUGCCGCUCGUGCUCAAGCACACUGGAGAGCUGUUGAAGAGCAUGCCGCGGAAGACGGUAGAGCUGUUGGCGGCGCUUGAUCGAGGUGGAAGGUUGGAGAGGGGCGUCGUGGAUGUGGUGUGGAGGAAGAGGCUGACGGAGUGGGUGGAGGAGAGGUUCGGGAAGUGGGUGUUCAACGAGGAGAACGUCUUACUACUGCAUGAUGUCCUCGCACUCUCGAACCACCUGCCGGCGAUCGCACCUAUGCUCGUCCGGAUUGUCGAUACGUGUCUUGGACAAAUGGAUACGGACCUACGAACGGAGCAUGCCGAGUCGUACGUGAACUCUGCUUGGGUCAUCGGUACUUGCUUGGAAUGUCUUGCGACACGGCCUGCAGAGGAGUGGGGCAAGACUGUCAAUGUGUUAGCCUGGGCGAGAGCGAUCGUCGAGAGAUGGGGGUGGUCGAGCACCGCGUUAGGCGGCCUCGUCUCCCUAGUUCAAGCUAGCGGUAUCACCACAAAGACAGUUCCCUUUGAGGAACUCUAUCUAUCUCUGCAGUCAUCAAUACUAUCCCACUCCCGUUCGCUUCGACUCGCAUCCCUCCGCCUGCUCUCCUCGCCUUUGGUGAAGGCAGACGAUGGGACGUCCGACGUCGUCCAGCGCUGUCUGCAGGCGGAAGAGAUCUCAUUGGACGUACAAGGAUCCCGUGAACGCGUUCUCCGGAUCAACAGGUUGCCUGUCUCCGUGAGGAAUGGCGACGAGCCAGGAGCUAACAUUGCUGCGAGAUGGCUAAUUGCGCAAAUGAAGGUGAAUCUCCGCCCGCUGUGGACGCCUGCGGCGCAGGCCCUGUCAAUUCUGGCUGAGCGCUUUGGCGACCUAGUGUGGGGCUUGCUGUUCGCCGAGGUGCAAGUUGCUACUGGAGAUCAAUUGAUGGACAUUGCACCGGGCUGGGUACAUGAGGGAGAAGCAAUUGAUGACGAUAUCUCGGAAGAGGAACGCUCGUGGAGGGAUCCAAGUGCGCAUAAGAUGCGUAUUGCCACGCGGAAGUGGUCUUUCGGUGAUGCGACCAAGCGGGCCGUCAUACAGGACCAAGAUACCGGGGACCGCUUUGAUCCAAUGUCCUACGAGCUCCACCUCCUGUCUGCGCUGGGCGAAUGUUCGUCCCUCGCAGAGAAGCACAGCCGAGACCUCAUUCCCCAUUUCCUCGCUCUCUCCAGUCCGACAUCCACCUCCCCGUCCAGGCUCCCCCGACACAAGCUCUCCGCAUGGCUCACGCUCUUCUCGAAGUUCGUGAACCCGAAGGCACUUCGUUCCACAGACAUCCUGCAUGCUUUGUACACGUCCCUCCUCUCGCACCCCGAACGCUCCCUGCAACGCCUCGCACUGUCGUGUAUCCUGACGUAUAAGAGCCCGCAUCUACUGGCGAGGGAUGAUAAUCUCAGGGAGCUCCUGGACGACACGCGAUUGCGCGACGCCCUCACACAACUCGAGAUCAGCGAGAUCUCCGAGGGUGACAGGGCCGAGGUCGUCCCUGUUAUUGUCCGCCUGCUGUUCGGGUUGAUGCUCGAGCGGCGAGGACGAGCCCGCGGAGCGGACCGGCGCGCUGCUGUGCUGUCUGCGUUCGGCGGCUGUCGUGAUGAGGAACUGCACCUCCUCGUCGAGCUCAUGCUCCAGCCUAUCAUGCCGAAUACCGCGCGACAGACAGACCCCUUUGCUAUUCAGCCUGUACCCUCGGAGGUGUCGGAGAAGCAGCAGAUUGGAUACUUGACGCUGUUGGGCGACGUUGUCAAGCAGCUUGGGUCGCGAUUGGUCUCGCGUUGGCCUGCGUUAUUGCAGGGUCUCCUGGACAUACUGGGGAGUGCUCAGCGUCGUAUGGGUGCACGCCAAGCUGAGGACGUUCAGGACGAUGAUGAAGAAGCUGAGGCGGAGUCGGACAGCGAGGACGGAAACGAGGGAGAGGGGACCUCGAGGAACACGAAGACAAUACGUUCGCUGGGAUUGAAGCGGUUUGCCGACUUUUUCCGAUGCCCUGUCUCGUUCGACUUCGUGCCUUACAUGCCGGAGGUUUUCAAGGACAUCAUCUCUCCGCGCCUCGCGAAGCUCGAUCAAGAGAAUACUCAGGCUCCUUCCGCCCUCUUGGAUCUCUUCUACGUCUGGACGCUGCGCGAAGAAUACGUGACGUUGCUCGUGAAGUACGAUCAACUCACUCUCCCCAAGAUUUACGACUGCCUCGUAGCGACCAACGUCAAGCCUUCGGUCAUCGCCAAGGUGCUGGAUAUCGUCGAACAUGUCGUAUCGCUCAGCGCCGAAGACGAAGCGCUUCGUGACGAGUUGCUCAAGCCUCACGUCUCCGUCUUGUUGACGGAUCUCUCCGUGCUUGUCGAGCGCACGAGAGGUAUUGCCUCGGUGGCAGACAACCUCGGUCGCCGUCAAAUCGCCAUUCUGUCGCAGAUCGCACCCUACCUAACCGACGCCAAGCAAGCGUCUAUCCUCCUGACCCUGUUCUUCCCCCUCUUGCGCAAGCCGUCGAAGCUUAUCCCGGAGAAGGUGAAGGCCGAUCUCGCAACCAUCAUGUGCUGCCUUUUCCCCCUUGUCCCCGAGCUAUCCGAUGAGCAGAGUGAUGUAUUCACGAAGACUUUCAUGGCUAUUUCUCAGCUCUUCCAGGCUCUCCGGUCAAGACAGGCACGGAUAGCGCUCGCGGCCGCUUUCAGUACUCUAGCAGACGUGCAGCCAUCGCUUUCAGACCUAGCCGAACUGAUGCAGUCGUUGAAUGCCUUCUCCAAGAAGAGAAUAGAUGAACCCGACUUCGACGUCCGUCUCGAGGCCUUCGCGUCGCUCAACGAGAAGAUGUACAAGACCCUGUCUGCGCAACAUUGGCUCCCUGUCCUGUACAACAUGCUCAGCUUCAUUCAAGAUCCGGAUGAAUUGACCAUCAGGAAUAACGCUGCAAUGGCUAUGAAGCGGUUCGUCGAUGUCCUUGCCGGCGAGACGCCUACAUACGAGGGCACGUGGUCCAAGGUCCUGUACCCUGGCUUGAAGAAUGGUCUGCGGUCCAAGAACGAACUUGUUCGAGCGGAGAUCCUGGGUGUUCUGUCGUACGCUGUCUUGCAAUGCGAUAGCAUCACCUCGCUCCAAGAGAUGCGCCCCCUCCUCGCUAACGGUGAUGAAGAGGCGAAUUUCUUCAACAACAUCCACCACGUCCAGUUGCACCGUCGUACACGCGCGAUGCGUCGCCUCGGGGAGUAUUGCGACGCAGGGAACCUGCGCAGUACUACCUUGUCGGAGAUCUUCGUUCCAUUGAUAGCCAAUUACAAUCAGUCCAGCGCCAACAUCGACCACACUCUCGUGAACGAGGCCAUAUCCGUCACCGGUCGAAUGGCACGGCAGCUGAACUGGGGCGCUUACUACGCCGUCACGCAGCAUUAUCUCAAGUUGUCUAAGCUGAAGAAUGCCUCCGAGCGUGUCUACAUCCGCGCACUGGUCUCUGUAUUGGACAACUUCCACUUCGAUAUGACGGACCGCGUCGAAGAACAAACCACCCGUGAUGAAGCCGAGCAGGAAGGAGAGCAUGACCUCGACGAGGACGAGCAAGCGUCAGUCGAGCCUGCCGCUGUCGCGACGGCCGUCCAGUCCUCUCGAAUCGCGGACUCAGUCAACAACCGCCUACUCCCGAAGCUGCUCCAGCACCUUGAGAGUCGUGACGAGACUGAGGAAAGCCUCAGGAUUCCCGUAGCCGUAGGUGUUGCGCAAAUCGCGAAACAUCUACCGGAGAGCACGCGGGAGGUGCAGAUCGGCAGGCUGUUGACUGUCCUCAUCCAGAUCCUUCGCAGCAAGUCUCAGGACACCCGUGAUCUCACUCGCGAGACGCUCUGCCGCAUCAUUGUCAACCUCGGCCCGUCGUAUCUCCCUCUCGCGCUACGGGAACUGCGCGCAGCUCUCCCUCGAGGACCGCAACUGCACGUUUUGGCGUUUGUCACGCAUGCAUUGAUCGUGCAUGUUACAAAUGGAGACCACGCCGAUCGCUUCGCUACCUUGGACGAUUGCGUCAGUGACGCAGCGCAUGUCUCCGCAGAGGUUAUAUUCGGAGAGUCUGGGAAGGACGUGCAGUCGGAGAACUUCAAGACCAAGAUGCGAGAGGUUCGCUCGUCCACGUCGAAGGCGCUUGACACCUUCUCCAUCAUCGCGAAGUUCAUCUCGCCUUCCAAGAUCAGUGCUCUCCUGCUGCCCGUGCGUAGCAUUAUGAAGGAGACUGAGUCGUUGAAAGUUCUCCAGCAAGUCGAUGAUCUGCUACGUCGGGUGGCAGGUGGCCUCAAUGCAAAUCAGCACCUGCAACCUGCCGAUCUCCUUGUUCUGUGUCACACCCUGAUCAGUCAAAACGCUCGUUUCCUCAAAUCAGCCCCGAUUUCUCGCAAGAAAGCAGGGAAGCGAGCCGAUGCUAUCGUGCAGACGAAACGAAAAGCUCACGAGAUCGUCGAUCACUAUGCCAACAAUUCCUUCAGAUUUGUCGCCUUCGGACUCGAGUUGUUCAUCACUGCACAUCGUCGAAGCCGUUUCGAUUUCGAAGAUCGAGCGAUCAUUUCUCGCUUAGAAUCCAUGGUACCCGUCAUCGGGAAUACGUUAUACUCCGAUCGCAUGGAGGUUGUUCUCCCCGCCUUGAGGGCUGCAGCUGCCGUCGUCAAGUGUCCCUUAGCGUCCAUCGGGAAGACACUACCGGUGUUCAUACAACAGAUGAUAGACAUCAUCAGGCAAGCGGGGUCCACAGAGGCCGAGGUGGUACAGACUGCGUUGAAGUCAUUAUCCACAGUUCUGCGCAGCCAGUCAACGGCUCAAGUCAAGGAGCAAGACCUCAUCUACCUGUUGGAGCUCAUAUCCCCCGACAUCGAGGACCCGAACCGGCAAGCGGCCGUGUUCGCUACGCUCAGGGCGAUCGUCGCAAGGAAAUUCGUCGUGCCAGAAAUCUACGACGUUAUGGACAAGGUGUCGGAAGUCAUGGUGACAAGCCAGUCUCCCCAAGUCCAGGAACUCUGCCGCGGCGUUCUCCUUCAGUUCCUUCUCGACUAUCCCCAAGGCAAAGGUCGACUACGCAACCAGAUGACCAUGCUAGCGAGGAACCUCUCCUACGUACACGAGAGCGGCAGAAAGUCUGUUAUGGAGCUGCUCAGCGCUCUCAUCAUCAAGUUCGAGGUCGGCCUACUUCGCGAGUAUGCGGACAUGAUUUUCGUCGCUUUGGUCAUGGUCAUCGCCAACGACGAUUCAGCGAAGUGCCGUGAAAUGGCGUCCGAACUCAUCAAGAAUCUCUUUGCCCGGCUGGCGGAUGCCCAGAGGAACGUGAUUAUGUCUCAUUUGCGUACUUGGGCAUCCCAGCACGAACGUGCGCAGCUUGUACGGGUCUCGUAUCAAGUAUCUGGCAUCAUCAUUGACCUUCUGGGGAACGACGUCUCUCCGUAUCUCCCGACCAUGCUGGACGACAUGAAUGCUGCUCUGCAGUACAGUCAGCAAUCGCACGAAUCGACAUCACCAGAUUCUACCCAGCCAACAGAGGACCUCGACUGGCAAGCCCCGUACCAUGUCCUUCUUGUCAUGACAAAGGUUAUGAACGUAUCCCCUCUCUCGUCAGAAACCAUUGUAUGGCGACAGGUUGCCGAGCAUCUGCUCUUCCCGCAUGCGUGGGUGCGGUCUGCAGCGUGUCGCCUUCUGGGGCAGUUGUUCGCUGGAACUCCUAUAGCCGCUCCUAAGGGCCAGACACCAGACGACUCUCCCUUCUCUCGCAAAGGCAUGGAAGAUGUCGCGAAGAAACUGUGUCUCCAACUGCGCAGUCCUAACCUCGACGAAGGCCUUAGCGUUCAGAUCGUGAAGAAUCUGUUCUAUAUCGGGAAGUGUUUCUACGCGUUGGACAUACCGCUGUCUUCGGGCCACCCACCAAGCGAUGAUGUCGUGCCAGAAACAGCGGAAACGGUACAGGACGACGAGGACGAAGAGGCUCAAGCCGAGCAGGACGUUAGCAAAAAUCCUUUGCCCUGGCUGUUCUCGAAGCUCUCGCAUCAGGCGCGCCAUGCUCAUAUUAUGCGGAGAAAUAAGUCUUCGAGCCCGGCGAAUUGGAUCCACCAGCCGUCUUCCAUCUUCAAGUGGUUUGCCGCGAUGGUAUCGCACAUGGAUAGCACUCAUGUCGAGCACUUCCUCAUGCAUAUUUUAUCUCCUCUGUACCGCAUCGCAGAGGACGAUACAAUUCGCGAUCUCCAGAUUGGUGAGCUGAAGACGUUGGCAGCCGAGUUGCAAGAUCUAGUACAGGCGAAGGUCGGCACCACCAAGUUCGCAGCGGUUUAUAAUGAGAUAAGGCAGCAUGUCGUCGGAGUGCGGAGGGAACGUCGGAACGCACGAGUCAUGCAGGUUUCGACCAAUCCCGAGGCUGCUGCAAAAAAGAAAAUUCACCGUAACGCGCUCAAGAAGGAGAGCCGUAAGCGGAAGGCCCAGACGUAUGCUGAUGGCAAGGGAAGACUGAAACGGUUCAGGGAGGACUGAGCGGUCGUCAAGCUGUCCAUUGUUCGAACCUAUCACGCAGGCAUUCCUUCCUCGUCGCAAGUAAAUUAUCGCUAUGAUACAACGCAUUCUUGUAUAUGAGCUCACAUCUGCAGUAUGGAUUUAUGUUCACGAGCCGCACUGCCCUCGCCAAUCGGGCUACGUACGACCGCAGGUAUUGGCUGACGUUCUCACUCGUC